AUGGGCAAGAAGUCUCAAUCCAAGGGCAAGCAGCCCGCACCCGCGCGACCCACUUCCAAGCCCACCGCCGCACCAAAGAAGCCCGCCAACUCGCCCAAGACCAAGCUCGCGAAGGCUGUUGCGGUGCCUCUCCCGCGCGAGAGCUCGCCUGAUGUGAUGGACCGUGCGGGUGAGGAGGAGUCAGAGGAGGACGAGGAGUUUGAGCUGGAGGACUUGCUGGAUGUUGAGGCGAGUGAGGACGAUGAGGAUGAGGAGAUGGAGAGUGGGGAGGACGAGGCGGAGGGGUUGGGACCGAUGAGCGGGGAGAGCUCGAGUGAGGAGGACGGCGAGGGCGAGAGCGAGUCGGAGGACGAGGAGGACGACGUGACGGAGGAGGCCUUCGAGCGGAUGAUGAAGCUCCUUGGACCAGUAGACGCGGCCGAACUCGGUCUGCUCGACGCCGAGGACGAGGAAGAGGAAGGAUCGGACGAGGAGGAGGAGGAGGGCUCUGAGGAGGAGUCCGUGGAAGAGGCUGUUGCGGAGAACGAGGAUGUCGAGCUCAAGCCGUACGAGGAUCUCGAAGAGGAGGACCCGGAUGUUGCGCCCGUCGAGAAGAACACGGUCAACGACAAGGUCGCCCUCGAGCGAGUACUUACGACGAUCAAGGCGGACGCCGGCUUCUUCGACACCCUCACUCUCGUCAACCCGACUCCUCUGAAUGUCCCCGACGCGAACAACGACCUCGAGCGCGAGUUGGAGUUCUACAAGCAGUCCCUGUGGGCCGCGAUGCACGCCGAAUCGCUCUUCGAAUCCGCCGACCUGCCCUUCCACCGCCCGACCGACUACUUCGCCGAGAUGGUCAAGACGGACGCGCACAUGGCCAAGAUCCGCCAGUCGCUCCUCGACGAGCAGGCGGGCAUGAAGGCGAGCGACGAGGCGCGCAAGUUGCGCGACGCCAAGAAGUUUGGAAAGAAGGUCCAGGUCGAGCGGUUGCGCGAGCGCGAGAUGGAGAAGAAGGCGGUUGGGCAGAGGCUCGAGAGUCUCAAGAAGAAGCGCAAGUCUGGCGAGGCAUCGUUCGGCGGCGAGGACUUCGAUGUCGCACUCGAAGACGCGCUCGCGCAGACGUCCUCGUCGAAGAAGCGCAAGCUGAACGAGUCGGAGCGCCCCGGCCGCGCACGAAAAGGCAUCUCUCGCAAGGGUCGCGACGCCAAGUACGGGUUCGGCGGUGGCUCACGACGGGGCAAGCAGAACAACGACAGGGAGGACGACAAGAAGGCGUCUGGUGGUGGAGGCGGAGGCAGGGGACGCGGUGGAAAGGCGGGAGGAGGAGGAGCGGGCGGAGCGGGCGGAGGCAAGCCGAAGCGGCUGGGCAAGAGCAGGCGGAAGUGA